AUGCCAGGCGCCGCCGAGAAGGGGAUGGAGCUAUCAGAAAGGAUCGAGAGUUUCGUGGAGGCGCUGAAGUGGGGUGGAGGCCAGCACAGCUCAGAGGAUAUGGCCCGGGAAACAGUGGGGCUGCUCCACCGGAUCGUGGCCCAGGGGCGCUGGAGCAAAGCGGGGGAGCUGAUGGAGCUCAUUCGGAAGGAGGGCCGGCGAAUGAUGGCCACUCAGCCCUCGGAGACCACCGUGGGCAACAUGGUGCGUAGGGUCCUCAAGAUCAUCCACGAGGAGUAUGGCAGACUCCAUGGACGGAGUGAUGAGAGUGAUCAGCAGGAGUCCUUACACAAACUCUUGACAGCUGGAGGCCUGAAUGAAGAUUUCAGUCUUCACUAUGCACAACUCCAAGCCAAUAUCAUUGAGGUUAUUAAUGAGUUGUUGAUGGAGUUGGAAGGGACAACAGAGAACAUAGCGAUGCAGGCUUUGGAGCAUAUUCAUUCCAAUGAAGUGAUAAUGACUAUUGGAUACUCUCGAACCGUCGAAGCCUUCCUCAAAGUGGCUGCCCAAAAGCGGAAAUUUCGCAUUAUUGUGGCAGAGUGUGCUCCUUUCUGCCAGGGCCAUAAGAUGGCAGUCAAUCUGGCCAAGGAGAAUAUUGAAACAACUGUCAUGACUGAUGCUGCUAUUUUUGCUGUUAUGUCAAGAGUCAACAAAGUGAUAAUUGGCACAAAGACCAUCCUGGCCAAUGGUUCCCUGAGAGCAGUGGCAGGAACUCACACCCUGGCCCUAGCAGCUAAACACCAUUCCACUCCACUCAUUGUUUGUGCACCCAUGUUUAAGCUUUCACCACAGUUUCCCAAUGAAGAAGAUUCAUUCCACAAGUUUGUAGCCCCUGAAGAAGUCUUGCCAUUCACAGAAGGAGACAUUUUGGAGAAGGUCAAUGUUCAUUGCCCUGUGUUUGACUAUGUCCCACCAGAGCUUAUCACCCUCUUUAUUUCCAACAUUGGAGGGAAUGCACCCUCCUAUAUUUACCGCCUCAUGAGUGAGCUCUACCAUCCUGAUGACCACAUACUCUAAAGUCAGGAGAUGACAGAGCUCAGGUAGACACUAUUUUACACUG